AUGGCUAUCGAUGUCGACGGUGGUCUCCGACUGCCCAAUCCCCCGCCUCUCCUACACACUCGCUCCGGCAAUGAAUCCUUCGAUCGCCCCUCCACCCCCGCCGGCAGUGGCUACAUCAGUCCAACACAAACCCCCCAGGGAAGCCCUAGCAAAUCGCGGGCACCCCCGGGUGCUCUUGAUUUGCCCAAUGUAUUCGACAAGGCCUUGAAAUUGACUCCGACCUCUCCCUCCAAACCCACCCAUAACCACUUCAAUCAUCCCAUGUUUACCGAUCGUGAACGCGAACGCCCGGACGACUUCAACGAGAGUGUCAUCCACCAACGUCCUACGAGCCCGACCCGUCGCGCGAACAAGGAAAAUACCCCUCCGACCACCCGCCUACAAAAAGAAUUGGGAUCAAACCCGACCCCCGCAGCCAUAUCCCGACAUGAGCCUUAUCAACAACAACGGGAUGACACGACCAAGCGCCAGGUUCAGUUGCGCGGGCUGACCCCGGAGGAGAUGGAGAAGCUGAAUCAACCCAAGGUUAAGCGCUUGGCAAAUGUCACCCAACUAUUUACGUCCACAACCGCCAAACCCGCCAUACCCAAUUCAAAGCUGCCUACCCUGAACCCCCCCACUACUCCCAACGAUGAAUACGAACCCGCCCUUUUGAAAUACCUGGGUCGCGAGCGCGCACAUCUUCGCAAGCGUCGCACCCGUCUGCGCCAAGGCGAUUUCCAGAUCCUGACGCAGGUCGGCCAGGGUGGUUAUGGCCAGGUAUACUUGGCGCAGAAGAAGGACACGCGCGAGGUGUGUGCCUUAAAGGUGAUGAGCAAGAAACUCCUAUUCAAAUUAGACGAAAUCCGACACAUUCUCACCGAGCGCGACAUUCUGACCGCAGCAAAGAGUGAAUGGCUUGUCAAGCUCUUGUACGCCUUUCAAGAUGACACCCAAAUCUACCUGGCGAUGGAAUAUGUUCCAGGUGGUGAUUUCCGCACUCUGCUCAACAACACCGGCGUUCUCCAUAACCGACAUGCGCGCUUCUACAUCGCCGAGAUGUUCAGUUGUAUCGAUGCGCUCCACAUUUUGGGUUAUAUUCACCGUGAUCUGAAGCCAGAGAACUUCCUGAUCGAUUCGACCGGUCAUGUCAAAUUGACCGAUUUCGGUCUGGCAGCUGGCAUGUUGAGUCCCGGAAAGAUUGAGUCGAUGCGCGUGAAGCUAGAAGAAGUGGGCAAUACCUCUGUCCCGUUCGGCCGACCCAUGGAACAGCGAACUAUGGCGGAGCGCCGCCAGGGGUACCGCACCCUGCGCGAGCGCGAAGUCAACUAUGCCAAGUCUAUCGUUGGUUCGCCCGAUUACAUGGCGCCGGAGGUGCUCAAGGGCGAGCAAUACGAUUUCACUGUUGACUAUUGGAGUCUGGGCUGUAUGUUGUUCGAGGCGCUUGCCGGGUAUCCUCCAUUCGCAGGUGCGACCGUCGACGAAACAUGGCAAAACCUUAAGCGUUGGCAAAAGGUCCUCCGCAAGCCAGUAUACGAGGAUCCGAACUAUUUCCUCUCCCGCCGGACGUGGGAUCUUAUCACCAAAUUGGUCGCAGGCAAGGAGCAACGGUUCAAGAAUAUCAACGAGAUUCACGCCCACGACUACUUCAGUGAGGUCGACUUCGACCGGCUGCGCGAGCAGCGAGCACCAUUCGUACCAGAGUUGGACUCGGAGACAGAUGCAGGCUACUUUGACGAUUUCAGUAACGAGGCAGACAUGGCCAAGUAUAAGGAGGUCCAUGAUAAGCAGCGUGCGCUCGAGGACAUGGCCGACCGUGAUGAUAAGAUGAAUAAGCAAUUAUUUGUCGGAUUUACCUUCCGUCACCGCAAACCCGCCGUCGACAGCACUGGUGGUGGUCGCAAUUCACCACGCAAACCGAUCGCGACGGAUGGCAGCUUCGGAACUAUCUUCUAG